GCUCACUAACAGCGAUGUCAACUUUAAGAAGGACAGAGGAAGCUGUAGAAAUAAUACGGUGAUAUUCCAGAAAAUCAGAAAUAGUUGAAAGUGCUGGAUAACAGUUGCUCCAUUGUCACAGAAAUGCAAACAUCAAUCAUGGAGGCAAAUCAGGAGUAUUCUCUUUUUCUGAUAAAAAUUUUGGAAGAACUGGAUACCAAGCAUAAUACAGUUUCUUACCAAGAAUUGUGCAAAUCCUUGUGUGCCAGAUUUGAUUUGACCCAGCUGGCUAAAUUAAGAAGUCUCCUCUUCUACACUGCCUGUUUGGAUCCAAAUUUUCCUGCCACUUUGUUUAAAGACAAAAUGAGGUGUACUGUUGAAAGUCAACAAUCCAAGAAAAUCAUGGUAGCUGCAGAUAUUGUGACCAUAUUUAACCUUAUCCAGAUGAAUGGUGGUGUUGCAAAAGACCGACUGCCCAUCAGGCAUCAACAAAAAAUGCGAAAGAAAGAAUCAUUUGAAUCGUGUAGAUCAGAUACUGAAAUAUGCAAUGCAAAUGACUGUGUAUCACCAUGUGAUAUGAGAGGGAGGGAAGAUAAUAUGAGGCACUCUAUUAAAAGGACUUCUUGUAGAAAGACAAACUGUAAAGGCUGCCAACAAUACAUCUCUUCUACUAGCCCUAACUUUUUGCUAGGUGUUACUAAAGAAAUAAAAGGCAGGGCUGCCUCCCUUGAUAGACUACAAGCAUUAUCUCCUUAUUCAGGUAUUAGUUCUCCACACUGUGAAAUGCAAAGCACAUAUUUUCCAAUGGAGAUAGACAAUGAUUCAAUUGCUGAGCAGGAUUCUUUGCCUACAAAUUCAGUUAUGAAAGACACAUUUGAUUCAAAUGAUGAACCAUUUCUGAUGCAGUCAUGCAUUCAAAAGAGAAACAUAUUCAAAGAAGAUUUCCACAAUCUUUUAACCAUUAGUCCCAAUACUACCCCAAUAAACAGAAGAGCACAUGAAGGAGAAAUGGGAUCACAAAACAGAAAGGAGCCAAAAAAAGCAACUGCAUUUUUUAAUCAUAGUUUUGAAAUACCAUAUAGCAGUCCAUAUGUAAGUCAGGUUUAUUCUCCUAUGCAGGAGAAAAGACGUGUCAAGCAUGAAAGCUUAGAUGAUCUCCAGGCAUCUACUUACUUUGGCCCGACUACAACACCUGGGUCACAGGAUCCAAAGAGGCCACUGGGAAAACAAAAUAGACAGACUAUGUGGCCAGCCAAGAGCUGGAGUCUAAACAAUGAGGAAGUGCCAGAAUUUGAACGAUCGUUCUUCAGCAAAAAAUCAAAUGACAGCUUUGGAUACCAUAUCUCUAACUGUGGUCCUGACAGACAUCAGCCGUACCAACACCCAGAGCAACCUGGACAUAGGCAAUCCAGCUACACAAUUAAGCAUGGACAAAAGUCAACUGAUAUUAAUUCAUCUGACCCAGAAAGACUUGAUACUAUAAAGAAAUGUAAAGACAAAAGUAUUAAUUGCACACCUCUACAACUUAUGAAAAUAGACCACCCAAUAAGUGUUGGAACACAAACUGAUCAAGGAGACCAAAAGAAACCUAAAGAUUUAUGUAAUCCAAAUCAUGGCAGAUAUGGAGACAGACAUACUAUGAAGCAUUCUGAUGAUGACUCCGAGGUGGUAAGUGAUGAUAUCAGUGACAUAUUUAGGUUUUUGGAUGAUAUGAGCAUUUCUGGGUCUACUGGAGUUAUUCAGUCUUCAUGUUAUAACAGUACAGGAUCCCUGUCUCAAAUUACAAAGUCUGACUGUGAGAGUUCACCAGAACACAGUUCAAUCAAGCUCAGCAACUCAGGCAGCAAACUGGAAAAACUCUUGCGGCUGGAUGGUAAUGCUAGUGAUGAAAUUAAAAGCAGUGUUUGUAAACUGGUUCUCAGGAUAGGUGAAAUAGAAAAAAAAAUUGAAUCCCUGACUGGUGUCCGAGAUGAAAUUUCCCAAGUGCUUGCAAAAUUAAAUAAGCUGGAUAAAAAAAUUCAGCAGCCAGAAAAGAACAGCAGUCAGACAGACCGAAAUUCCAUGACAAGUGAUGGUAUGUCAGAAGACAGUGUAUCCAUUCGGAUAUAUCAGUCGCAUGCCAGUAAUCAUGGAAACAAAAAAGAAAAUGGCCAUGAGUGGGGUUGUUCAGAUGCAAGUGGAAGUAACACAGAAAGUUUACGAGUUAAAGCUUUAAAAAAAAGUUUGUUUACAAGAAGGUCAUCAAAAUCCCUCAAUGAAGAAAACAGUGCUACAGAGUCCAAAAUUGCAAGCAUAUCCAACUCACCUAGUGAAUGGCGCACAAUGUCUUACGUGACUCAACCUGGACACAGUGAACAGGACAUGAAAGAAAGAAGUAUGACAGAAAAAAGUAAGGACUGGCACCGGAAAGCAAAAGAGACGGACAGGAAGUAUGAAAUCUCACAGUCUCAUAGAACAAACAAGCCUCCUAAAGAGUCCUUCCUGAUUGAACAAGUCUUUAGCCCUCAUCCCUACCCAACAUCUCUCAAGUCGCACAUGAAAAGUAAUCCACUGUAUACGGAUAUGAGACUGACAGAACUGACAGAAGUAAAGCGUGCUCAACCAUCAUGGACUGUGGAGGAAUACACAAGAAAUGCAGGUGACAAAGGAAAGCUUGCUGCUUUAGAUCUGCAGAAUCAAGACACUUUAAACCCUAAUAAUCUGGAAUACUGGAUGGAAGACAUUUAUACUCCAGGUUAUGAUUCUUUACUGAAAAGAAAGGAGGCUGAAUUCAGGAGGGCAAAAGUCUGCAAGAUAGCUGCACUGAUUGCAGCAGCAGCAUGCACUGUUAUUCUUGUUAUUGUUGUCCCUAUAUGCACCAUGAAAUCCUGAAACUGUACUAUGUUAUUACACAUUUGUGUGCAUCACAGGGCAUUUGAUUACCUUAAAUGAAUGAAUGUACCAGACUGUAAUACUGGCACAUAUAAGUGUUGGUGUUUUUGUAAAAUGUCAUUUCAGUUCAGUGAAGAAUGUCCAUUGCCUGUUUCCAUACCUCUUAAGUGCUGGUAUGUUCUUGUGCUUCCAUUUAUAUAUCACCAGAGCUAACUAGUUUUGUCUACAUCUAUUUGAUGUAGGUUGGAAGGCAUUAGUCAUUUUUCCCCUGUAAUAUUUGGGGUGACUACAGGAAACUGUGACAAAUGUAGUUCUUGAACAGAAUUCUUUACAAAAUGGAAUGUGAACUGUGAUUUACUUUUAGAAUAACUGUAAAAGUUUAAAAAAUGUAGCAUCUUCAUCUCCCUUUCUCUGUUUCCUUCUACUUUGGUAUAUUAUUCAUUUUAAUGAUGGCCCUUUUUAUAUUGCAUUUGUCACAGAAUGUGCAUUUCUUUAGUAGACUGAUUUUUAAUGUUUGUUUACAGAAAUAUAAAUAGUGACCGCAAAUGUCUGUACAAUAUAUCUUUAAGCUGAACCUUCAUUAAACUGAUUGGCAUGAAAAGGAACUCGCAUGAACCACCCAAGAAAAGAAAAGGUGCAAACUGUAUUUCAGCUGUGGCCUUUUUAUUUUUUAUUCCAGAAUAAAUAUAUAAGUAGACUAUACAGAUUAAAAACAUAGUUGAUAAAAGAGGUUAUCAUCCAUAUAUUUUAGAACCUUUAAGGAGGCAAAUUGCUUCCCAGAAAUUUAAGGAGAAAAGGAAUCAGUAGUUGCAAAACUAGCUGUUGUGAGUUCCUAACAGUGUACAGAUGCACCAGCAUAGCCGAUAACAUGACUAUGCACAUGUUCAAAUAAAGCUUGCCGUUGCCAUUAAAAAUAUGAAUACAGUUUAAUUUCAAAUAGAACAGGAAGUCACUAAUGAUGCUAACUAUAAUUUUAUUCUGCUUUCAGUAUAUUUUAUCUUAUUUUUUUGUGGGCCACGUUUGCUGUUAUAUUUCCCAAAUGCAUUAAGGUUUGUUAUUCUAAUCACUAGGACAAACUUGUUACUUGUAUAUAAAAGAAUUAUAAUAUGUUAAAUUGUACAGUGUUUAAAUAAGAUGACCUGUAAUAACUUGCAGGUGUUUCCAUAUA